GUGGGAGGAGCCAGCGGCGUGUUUCCGCUCGGAGCAGGCAGAAGUGAUCUACGCAAACUACUACGAUCGUGUGAAACCGAGGGACGGUGUUAGACUAAAAAUUGUUUAAUCACCGGGGACCGCGGUUGUCCGCAUCGAGAGAAGAAGAAGAAAAAGAAGAAGAAGAAGACGGAGGAGAAGAAGAAGAAGAAGAAGAAGAAGAAGAAGUAGUAAAAAAAAGAAGAGGAGGAGGAGGAGGAAGAAGAAGGAGUGGCAGCUGGACUGUCAGCAAUGGAAGCCGAGUUUCGGGAAAUCGAUGACAACGGGAGCUGGAACGGCGUUUACCAGGAGAUUCGUCAGCAGUCAUGCGAACUCCCCUGCAAGGUUGCCAAAUUACCCGAAAACAAGAAUCGGAAUCGUUACAGAGAUGUUAGCCCAUUUGACCACAGCAGAAUAUGUCUGCAGCUGGGUACGAAUGACUACAUCAACGCCAGCCUAAUAACAGUAGAGGAGGCACAGAGGAACUAUAUCCUCACUCAGGGACCCCUUCCAAAUACAUGUGGCCACUUCUGGGAGAUGGUGUGGGAGCAGAGGACCCGCGGUGUACUGAUGCUGAACCGAGUCAUAGAGAAAGGAUCUGUUAAAUGUGCCCAGUAUUGGCCAAACAGAGACGACAAAGAUGCUGUCUUUGAAGAUACCAAUUUGAAGCUUACCCUCGUCUCAGAAGACAUAAAAUCUUACUACACAGUCCGUCAGCUGGAGUUGGAAAAUCUGUCUACUCAAGAGACUCGAGAGAUUUUACAUUUUCACUACACCACCUGGCCUGACUUUGGAGUACCAGAGUCUCCUGCCUCCUUCCUUAACUUCCUCAUCAAGGUGCGAGAGUCGGGGUGCCUGAAUUCGGACCAGGGACCGGUGGUGGUGCACUGCAGUGCUGGCAUCGGCCGCUCGGGGACCUUUUGUCUUGUGGACACCUGCCUCUUAUUGAUGUCCAUCCGUAAGGACCCGUCUUCAGUGCGCAUUCGUGAUGUGCUGCUGGAGAUGCGACGCUAUCGAAUGGGCUUGAUUCAGACGGCGGAUCAACUGCGCUUCUCCUACCUUGCUGUCAAUGAAGGUGCCAAGUACAUCAAGGGAGAUACGUCUCUGCAGGAGUCAUGGAAGGAGCUCUCGAACGAGGAAGAUGAUCCUCCGGAGUUCACCCCGCCUCCUCCUCUUCCUCCUCCCCGAGACCCUCAGAAUGGCAAAGUUGAGCCCUCCUUUUUCUCUGAAAACGAUGAGAUCAUCCCACACGUGGAGAUCAGGAGCCUGGGGUCCUCACAAGAGUCGGAGCUGCGAAAGAGGAACAUUGCUGCCCCCCAGCCCCCACCCGAUUGUGGGGAUCAGCUCGAUGGCCACGUGGGAAUCCAAGAUCUUACCUCAAAAGCUCCAACCAAAUCCCAGCAGCAGCACGAGGCCGAGGUGGAGGGGUCGGCCGAGGCAGCGGAGCGGCCGAAGGAACACUCUCCUGUGCCGGGGAAUUGGUCCCCUCUACUAGCCAAUGUGUGCCUGUGCACGGCGCUGGCUCUCAGUGCUUAUGUCUGUUAUCGAGCCUAUUUCCACUGAUGUCUGUCCUUCCUCCUCCAUUUUGUUUCUUCAUGUCUCUCCGCCGAUGUUGCAAAGUGGACUACGCUGGCCAAUCAGCCUGCUCUGACUCUGGGUUUACUCUGCGAGUGAGUGGGUUAUUUGGACUCUAGCAGAUUCAGGUUCACUCGUUUUUGAUGUUACGAACGCAGUGCGAGUGGUCGGCUGGUUGGGAGUCACGCCUGCCGCUCGUUAUCACCCACCCAAACGUUGUGUCAGUACGUCAUCUUUGAAUGCUCAGGGCCUCAGUUUUUCAGGUGUCACAUCCCAAAUGCUUGUGCCGACUUAAACACAGACUCAACGGUAUAACAACACAUAUCGCGGUCAGUAGAGGAAAAGGGUUUGUUUUGGCUCCCUUGUUCCGUGAACCAGGAUGAAUGGCCUGUCAGCCCAUUUUACAUGUGUCUCCUCUCUUAUUUACCAAAUGACACUUGUAUGAGUUCUUCCAUUUCACCCUUUACUAAUGUGUCCGUUAUGAUUUCACAUUUUCUCUCUUUUGCUUACACAAAUGGAUCAGGAAUCAUAGAUCCAGAUCUUUGACCAGCCUGUCUGAAAAUAUGCCCGUAAGGGAGACAGUUUUUUUUUUUUUUUAAACAAAAUAUUUCUUCUUUUGUUUUCGGGUCAAUAUUACAUCCAACAGUAAGGUGAAGUAUGCGAAAGUAAAAGAGGGAAGCAAUCCUGUGCCCACUAGAUAAGAGAUGCAUGUUGGGGUGGGCAUGGAAGUGUUAUCUGUCCUAGCUCGUGGCCUGUGCAGGGCUGCAGAAGGCAUGCUGGUUGCGUACAUACAGUAUGUGUGUUUUUUUUUGUGUGUGUGUUUGUGUACGUGCAUUUGCGUGAGUGGUAGUUAUCGGAGCUUGAUACUGAUGCUCGAGUUAAAUCUACUCAGUGAGAAAUAUUAAUAUAACAUUUACAGUACGUUAAAUGUGAGAUAUGUAGACUGAGCUGCCUCCCGGUAACUGAUGGCCCCUGCAUUUUCUCUCCGUGGUAGCUCAACAGUGACACAGAAGAGUCUUUUUAAAAAAUAAAAAUAAAAAAAAUAAAAAAUGGUGCACGAACCAGGGUGAUAUGUGACUUUCUCCAUUUGCUUGGCAUUCUCACGUUGACUUUGGAAUAAUAUUGACAUCUUCCUAGAUGUUUUUUAAAGGUUGAAACAACUGGCAUUUGCUUGUUUGGGAGAACAACUUUUCAAAGCGCCGAGAGAAUGCAGCGUAGCAUAAACUGAAAGCAGCUGCUACAUGCUGUUAAGAAAUCGAACGUGUGUCCAGUCAGUGGAGUUUAUGCCAACUUCAUGAGUGGAGACACAAAGUAGCUCAACACCCUGCGAAUCUUUUUCGCCAGCAAUACAAAUACUUAAUAAUGUGUCACCCUUUACUUUAACAGACUCAGAGUUUUACAGGUAACCAAGUCUUUUGAACAAACCAAAAAUCAAACACCAGCACAGGGAUGAAAACAAUACACUGUAGUAAUGAUCCGUUGUGUGGUGGCAUGCCCCCUGAGCUGGCAAUGUUGUUUUGUUUUUUUUAUGAUUUACGUUUUUGUUUGUUUGUUUCGUGUUUAGCAUGAUGCAUUUGUGAUUCAACAGGUUUGUCCUAAGAAGAGAUUAGUUAAGCUGCUAGCAUUCAGUUUACCUUUCGUGACUUGACGAAGUUCAGUACUUGAGUCAGACAGUUGUACCUUCCUUUAGAAUGUAUAAAUGUCCUGUCCAAGGACACACCCUUAGUGGAUAUAUAUAUUUUUUUCAAAUCAGGUUUCAGUGUGCUGAGUUUUUUUUUUUUUUCUGCUUUAGCAAGGGAUUAAAUCUCAGCACCUGUGCAGCCAUUGCACCAGGUUUUCCUGUUUUUCUAUACUUAUCCUGAGCUCAAAAACAUGUAUUUUUUUAUUUACAUUUGAUGUUUUCCUUUUUAAAUAAAACAAAGUCUACUGUUGUAUUUGUUCUGGUUUAUAGAACAGAUUUACGUAUCUAACCUCAUUCUCAGUCUUACCUCUGAACGAUGACUAUGGUAAUAAAAGCUCACACAACACUGUGUUUUUUAUCUUAUUGGAAGGUCAGUAGCAUGAACAGAAAAGGCUGAUGUAUCUUACUGGAAAAGCAGUUUGUUUUUUUUUGUUUUUUUGUUUUUAACCAGACAGCAAUGAAUGUGCAGAUGUGGACAUUUGAGCAUUUUGCACUGUGAAGGUAUUUUCCAAAAAAAAAAAAAAGUUUGUCAUCACAAGUGACUUGUUAUUUACGUGUUAUCAGAGAUAUUACAAAAAAUGUGUGUCUCAUCUGAUUUGUCUAAGUUAAUGAAACGGGCAGGUGUAUUUGUAAAAGACCUUUCA